AUGCCCCCGCAAUCCACAACCGGCGGCAAAACCAAAACCCUCGGGCUCGGUCUCGGCAAAAAACCCUCGGCGGCGCACACGACGGGGGGCAAGAAACGCAGCAUCCUGCAAGGCUCUGUCAACCCGCGCGGCGCCGGGGUCGCGGGCACGAAGCGGCACCGGAACAUACUGCGGGACAAUCUGCUGGGGGUUACGAAGCCGGCUAUUCGGAGGCUGGCGAGGAGGGGGGGCGUUAAGCGGAUGAGUAUGAAUAUCUAUCCUGAGGUCCGAGCUGUGCUGAAGAAGUUUUUGGAGAAUAUCUUGCAUGACACGGUAGCGUACACGGAGCACCGCAAAGCCAAGACGGUGAGCGCCAUGGACGUCGUUUAUGCUUUGAAAAGGCAAGGGCGCACCCUCUACGGCUUCGACACAUGA